GGUUAGUAGCAGUAUUCGUAGUGACUUUCAGGCCUGAUCAAGAGGCCAAGACUAGUGAGACGCGUGGGGAAAGAGAGAGAGAGAAGGGAGGGGGCGCCCAGCCUCCUGCGGGGCAACUCGAGCGAUCCGGGGCAGGCCGGACGGGGCGAUGAGGAUCCGGAAGCGCACCCCGGCCAGGGCCGCCUCGCCGGGACCGUCGCCGGCGCUCUCCGCGUCGCCGCCGUCGCCGACUCCUCCGCUGCUGCUGCAGCAGCCGAAGGAGAGAACCCACGAGGAGGAAGCGGAAGAGAAGCGCGUGAUCCUGGUCGGAGCGGGAGCCAGAGCCCGAGCCGGAGACCAAGAAGACGACCGGGUCGCGGCCGCCUCCAAGAACAGCGCAAUGGCCGACGCGCCGAAGCCGGAGCCGGAGCCGCAGGACGCCGCCGUCAGGUGCAGCCGGAACGACGGGAAGCGGUGGCGCUGCAAGAACGCCGUCGUGCCGGGGUACCUGUUCUGCGACCGCCACGUCGCGUGGUCCACACGCAAGCGCAAGCCGAGGGCCAAGAAGAAGAAAAAUCACGGCGUCAGCGUCCUGGAGCCCGCCACGGAGGAGAUCGUAGAGGACGAGGCGGCGGCAUCGGCGGCCGAGAGGGAGGACAGGGACGGUACAGCGGGGACGCAUCAACUGGGGCGCCACGGCGGUGACGGCUUCUACUACUACGGUGGGUUCGAGCCGGGUUGCCGGAAGCGGGUGAGGGGCGGCGGGCCUGGGCCGGCGUGACGCGUGACGCCCGUGCUCUCCUCUGCUAUGUUUCUGAUGCUUACACGACUUCGUAUAGCUGCAUCUGCAUUUGCGUUGCAUCAUUCUCGAUUUUGGAGCGGUGAUCGUUAGAUGGUUCGUCUGACUGCAGAAAAUUUUGUGGCAAAUGCCAUGAUGCCUUUUGGAGGAAAGCUAGGAUCUGAUGCAGAAGUAGACAAGGAAAUGGGGGGAUUGAAUAUUGAUCA